AUGGUUUUAUGCCCAAUCUGUAAACAGACCAUAGCAAGAGAAGAAAAAAAAACAAUGGCAUGCACUGUCCCAACAUGUCAAGCCAUUUUCCAUGGAAAAUGUCUAAACGCAGACGAGAGUGAGUUUGAAGCACUGAGGGCAUUACGAAAAAAUUGGGAAUGCCCGAAAUGUGAAAAGGCACGGAAAAAUAUCCAACCGACAGACAAGUGUCUCAGCCCGCCAAGAUCGGCGCCACAACAACAAACUGUCGACAGCACGUCACAACUGUUACUUGCUGCCAUUAAAAAUUUAACAGAAGAGGUAAAGGGAUUAAAAUUCUCCCUCGAUGCCAAUGCUAACGAGGUCAUGGUGUUGAUAUCUUUUCGACUGCUUCAAUGUCUUCAGUAUAAAAGGAGAGGUGAACAAAAGUUCAACAGAUCAGCCCACGAAGAUUUAUGGCGACAGACCAAUUGGCUCGAUAAAUUCAAGUUGAUAGGUUAUGGAGGUAUUUACUAA